AUGACCGCUUUCUACGAAGAUAAAGACUCUGCAGCGUUAGGGCUGGCCGAGGAAUUAGAGUUUGCUUACCUGUUUGAGUAUGAACCGCCCCCCGCCGACUUUCCUGGAGGAGAUCAAGAUGAGUCAGAUCUCACCUCACACAAAGCACUCAGCCCGUCCACCAACCUUCCUUAUACACUGGAGGAGCCCUCCACUUACGGCAUCAAGUCCUCCAGUCCCUCCUACGCUGAAGGCAACGUUGACACGCUUGCGGGUUAUGAGCAGCUGGAGCCCAAGAACUACCUAGAGAACCUGAGACCUAGCAGCCAAGCGUUGAGCCCCAGGAUCGAGAUCACGCCCUCCAGAGAGCUGUACAACCAUGGGCGUGACUCACUGCAAAACCAGCUCUUAAACACCAGCCCCAGGCCAACGCUGACCGUCCCUGGCCUGGACCCACUGGCCUACCGUGAACCCCAGUGCCUGAGCCCUGCCAGCAGUAAUUCCUCCACCAGCUGGCACUCGGAGAACUACUCACCCUGGGCAUCGCCCUGCGUGUCCCCCAGCAGCGGGCAGGCAGCGGGUGAGCUGUGCCCCCGUCUUCAGGGCAUCCACACGGGCUCGCCCAGAACCAGCCCGGGCACGUCGCCUCGUACCAGCCUGGCAGAGGACGGUUGUCUCGGGCAGCGCUCUCCAUCGCCCAGGCCUGGCUCGCGGUCGACCUCCCCCCAGGGGAAGCGUACUUACGAAAUGUACCGGAACCCCAACCUUGUUGCUGGAGCCCGUUCUCGCAGUCCGUCUCCACACGGCGGACAUGAUCCCCAUCAACAUCCAGGCAACCAAUACGGCUCAAACAGCUUGGCACAGGUCAUGAAUGGGUACAGCGGCGCCCAGGCCAGCUCCGUGCCCACCAAGAUUGUCAAGACGAAUCAGGCGUCUUAUGCCAUUUACCCAGAGAGCCAUGCAGAGAGCUAUCUUGUGUCCUGUGAACAGGAUGUUAAGGGCAAACCAACUCCUGAGCCUUAUUUUGUUAUCCCUCAAAUCUGGUCCAAACAGCUUGUGUCUGGAAUCUGCAGCAUCCCUGUGACGUCCCUGCCCCCACUGGAAUGGCCUCUCCCCAGUCGCACAGACCAGUAUGAGCUUCACAUUGAGGUCCAGCCCAAGCCUCACCAUCGAGCCCACUACGAGACAGAGGGGAGCCGCGGGGCCGUCAAGGCUGUAGCUGGGGGACACCCUGUCAUCCAGCUGCGGGGCUACAGAGGGAAGGAGCCAUUGGGUUUGCAGAUCUUCAUCGGCACAGCAGACGAAAGGAUUCUCAAGCCUCACGCUUUCUACCAGGUCCACCGCAUCACCGGGAAAACAGUCACCACAACCAGCUAUGAGAGGAUCAUUAACAGCACCAAGAUCCUUGAGAUCCCCCUAGAGCCCAAGAACAACAUGAAAGCAAUAAUUGACUGCGCUGGGAUCCUGAAGCUGCGGAACGCUGACAUCGAGCUGAGGAAGGGUGAAACGGACAUUGGCCGGAAGAACACGCGUGUUCGUCUUGUUUUCCGUGUGCACAUACCGCAGCCUGGAGGCCAAACCGUCUCUCUCCAAGUGGCUUCUCAUCCUAUUGAGUGCUCCCAGCGGUCAGCGCAUGAGCUGCCCAUGGUGGAGAAGCAGGACAUGGAGUGCUGUUCUGUGCUGGGGGGUCAGCAGAUGAUUCUCACGGGUCAGAACUUCAGUGCCGACUCCAAGGUCAUCUUCACUGAGAAGACACAUGAUGGGCAGCAGAUUUGGGAGUUGGAAGCCUCUGUUGAUAAAGACAAAAGCCAGGCUAACAUGCUCUUCAUCGAGGUGCCACCUUAUCGGGAUCCGUCCAUUUGCCACUCAGUGAAAGUGAACUUUUACGUCAUCAACGGCAAGAGAAAACGAAGUCAGCCUCAGCAUUUCACGUACACUCCUCUGCCAGUUCCAUCCAUCAAAACAGAGCCAGCUGAUGACUAUGAGUCAGGACAGGUGGCCUAUGCCAUGUCUCAGAUCCUGGGUGUCUCUCCUCAGUCCUACCAGCACCACACGCCUCGCACCAUCAUCACCUCAGAGAGUGGUCUGGUGUCACACCUGGGGAUUUCACCCCCAGACCCACGUUUCCAACAGCAAAGUCCAGCCAUCGUCUACUCCCGCGGGGGCAAGACCUUGGGCAGUAGCCCUUCGCUCUACCACCAGACAGGAGCCAACAUGAUGCACGAUGUCCACCGUUCAGUGUUGGUCCACACGGGCUCCCCAGCCCAGACUUCUGCUCUGGGUGUCCAGCAUCCCUCCAGUCAGCACCCAUCCAUCAUCCAGUUCUCUCCCAACAACCACCACAUGCUCCGAGGGGCAGAACCUCCUUCCCAGCCAGCGCCCGAACUCCAGCACAUCAUCUUCUCCGACAGCUACGCCCAGCAGGGCAACUCAGCGUCAGGCAACCGCUCCCCGACUUCAGCCCCGCCAUCCCACUCUCAGCACUACCCCACUGUGAUCCAGCAGCAGCCCUACGUCCAGAAAGUGCCAAAGUGCCAGUCUCCGCCCGGGCAGGGCGAGACCCAGAGGUGCCCGUCUGGAGACGAACAGAGAGGCAGUGUCCCAGGACGAGUCACCAUCAAACAGGAGAACCUUGACCAGGCCUAUCUGGACGAUGUGAAUGAGAUCAUAAGGAAAGACCUGACGGGAGUCCAUGGCAGGAAUCAGACCUAG